CCCUCGAAAGUGAAACCUAUGUUUCUUGUUAUGACAGACUGGGGUGUUGUUAUGUUGUUGUGCCCCGCACCGCCCCCGUUUCUCCGUCACUUUAAAUUGGCCUGAACUCGCUUAAAACACACGCAGGAGUGUGUGUUUUGCUUCGUGUGGACCGGAGUCACCGCGGCACGGGCUCCGCACUCGGAGGGACUCCAUACCUCUGUGAUGGAUCUCGAAAAUCUGCUCAAAACCACACUGAAGAGAACAUACCCGAAUCAGAAUGGGGCACAUUCUGAAGACUCAUUAUUUCCUGCAAGAGUUUGCAUUGAGGAGUCUAGCAGAGACAUCUAUGGUAGUGGAAUUUCUGAUAUGAACCAACAUGAGUUUAGGUAUAUCGAUAAAUCCCACCUUCACUUGUGGAGAGCCUAUGAAAUUUUCACGGUCUCAGAUAUUUUAUCCUGUGACUGCAAACACAAAGUCAGCAAAAGAACAGUUCUCACCUCAGGAGUGUCUGGAAUUGGAAAAACCACAGCCGUGCAGAGGUUUGCCCUUGAGUGGGCAGAGGGACGAGGGCACCAUCACAUCCGCCUCCUGUUUCCCCUCACGUUCUGGGAGUUGAAUUUGCUGAAAGGACCACUGAGCCUGAUUGAACUUAUCCAUACAUUUUACCCACAGUUGGAGAACCUCAGCAUUUCUGACCUGAAAGGACCCAAUGUGUGGUUUGUUCUUGAUGGACUGGAUGAGUGUCGCCUCCCCUUAAACUUCAAGUGUCAGCCAGUGAGCAGUGUUUCAGAACAAGCCACACUGGAUUGCCUGUUGACUUCACUGAUCAGAGGGAAGCUACUUCCUAGUGCCCAUUUAUGGAUAACUACACGUCCCGCAGCAGCAGAACUCAUCCCUGUGGGUCAUUUGCUUAAAGCGACUGAGCUACAAGGGUUCAGUGAAGAACAAAAGGAGCAGCACUUUAGAAGAUUGAUUCCUAAUGAAGAGUUGGCCAUUAAAGUGAUCAACCAUGUGAAGACAUCAAGGAGUCUGGAAUCCCUUUGUCAAAUACCUCAGAUCUGCUCCAUCAUGGCAUGUGUUUUGAAGAAUCAUGUGCCACAAGCAGAUGGGGAAUUCAAGAUUAAUCCCAUAAAUCUGACCCAGAUUUACACAAAGCUGAUAAACACACAAGUAACAAACCCAGACAAAAUAAUGAUUGCCAAGUUGGAAAAACUAGCAUUGCGUCAGCUGGGAAGAGACAAUCUAAUGUAUGAACAUGACCUUGAGGUGGAUGACAUUAGUCUCAGAGAAGCGGCAGAGUACUCCAAACAUUACCCACUUGUGCUGAGGGAGGAGAGAGGGCUACAUGACACCGCUGUCUAUCGCUUUGGUCACUCUAGCAUUCAAGAGUACUUCGCUGCAUCGUCUGCCGUGAACAGCAUUGAACCAAAUGAUCAGACUGCUUUAUUCCUGUCCUGUCAAGUCCUGUUGAGUGAGGUGCUGCACAGUGGAGGGGGAAACACUGAUGUGUUUCUUCGCUUCAUCUUUGGCCUCAUGAGGGAACGUGGCAGGAUGGAGCCCACUAAUACUCUUGUUGAUUACAUCAAGAACAGGAUCCUGGAGUACAUUUUGUCUGAUAGUGCUGUGAGCCUGCUCCACUGUCUGCGAGAGUUUGACAGACAUGCUUUCCUGAGCGAUGUCGAGUUCCUUCGGGAGACACACGUGCCCCCAUACUCCGCCUUCUCACCAACACACUGGGCUUUCUUGGCACAAAGGAUACAGUAUUUUGAAGGGGUGCAAGAUAUUUUUGAGAUGCCUCUUUCCAACAGAUGUGAUGAGAGUAUCCCAAGGAAACUAUCAGCUAUUGUGAAAUCCAGGAAAGCUAUGCUGCGUUUCUCAAACCUGACUGAGAACUGUUGCUCAGCCUUGGCAGCAGCCGUGAGCACAAGAGACUCGUACUUGAGAGAGCUCGACCUGGGUUACAACAGCAUCAGAGACGAUGGAGUGAAGGAGCUCAUGAGGGGUCUGACAGAUCAAGACUGCAAACUGAAAACACUCAGGUUGCAAGGCUGCGGAGUGACCGCACAAGCCUGUGUAUAUCUGGCUACAGUCUUGAGUCAGUCCCCGAAACUGAGACAACUGGAUCUCAGUGGCAAUGAAAUAGGAGAUGAUGGACUGCUGAAUCUCGCAAGGGGUGUUAGCUCUCCAGGCUGCCGUUUACACACACUGAAGCUGUCACAGUGUGGCAUUAAGGAGAGGGGCUGCUGUUCUCUGGCCUCAGCUCUGGAGAGCAAUCCUGACCACCUUAAAGUCUUGGAUCUGAGUAUCAAUGCAGUCAGAGACAAGGGAGCCAAGGAACUCUUCAAAAGAGUCGAUAUAGCACAGUUUACAAAGCUUGACAUGUGCCACUGCAGCCUCACAGCAUUAAGUUGUGAAGAUAUUUGCAAAGCUCUCCAGUCAGAAACCAGCACUUUGGUGGAGCUCAAUCUGAGUCACAAUUCACUGAUGGACUCUGGAUUCAAACAGAUCUGCAUCGGCAUGUAUGCAUGGUGCAGGCUGGAGAAACUCAAUGUUUCAAGAUGUGGCAUCACUGCUAGGAGCUGUGUUUAUUUGGCAAAGGCCCUGUGGUUAGUCUCGCAGCUCUACAGUGAAGGUUUUGUCCAAAAAACAAAUUUGCAAGCAAUUGAGCUGAGAGAUCUGGACCUCAGCAUGAACUGCAUCAGUGACGAAGCAGCCGCUCAAGUGGCUGACGGGCUGAGGAAUCCCUAUGGUCAUCUCACAAUUCUCAACCUGAGCAAUUGCGGCCUGACUGAGAGGUGCUGUCAAGGGCUUGCUUCAGGUUUUGCCUCUGAAGAAAGUGUCAUCGCUGAGGUGGACCUGUCCGACAAUGACCUUAAAGACAAAGGCAUGAAGAGACUAUGUGUCGGACUCCAGAACCCUCACUGUAAAAUGAAGAAAUUAGCACUGAGGAGCUGCAGCCUCAGUUCUGUGAGCGUCCAGUACCUGACCAAUGCUCUGAAGUUAAACCCCCGUCAUCUUGAAGAGGUGCAUCUGAUGGGCAACAGACUGGACAGCUCGGGAAUCGGAGAGCUUAUGCAACUAGUGAGGAACCAGAAAUACAUGUUGCACACAACUGAUGUUACAGUGGAGUAAGAUGGAGGGAGCAGACAUGUUGACUGACUGCUGGCGUAGAAGACCAAACUAAAAAGACUGAACCCCCUGUCCGCCUUAGUUUUCUCCUUUCAGUAUUUUGUACAUUAGGCAGUUCUAUGGAGACUGCAAGAAGACCAUGCCAAAAUAAAGGCACAUAACUUUUCUUCAUUCCUUUCUUUUGAUGUUUUUGUUUAUGAUAUUGUCGUCUUUAUGAUUAAAAAAGUAUGCUCUAUCUCAAUGCAAACUUCUUAAAGUAAUGUGAAUAAACACAACUUGUGCCCUCAAAGCAGCAUGAAAUUAUUAUGCCAAAGUGUUUAAGAUUAGGCAUGCUAUUAUUUUGCUACUACCUGUAAUAUGUGAAUGGCAUUUUUUUUUUUUUAAUUAAAUUUUGCUUUU